AUGACUUCGCUUGGAUUGGAGUCGGCGCUCAGCUUUGACUCGGGCUCGGGCGGACCAAGCAGCUGCGUACCGCCUGCAGGGACGAGUCUGCUCAUCACAGACACGCUCGAGUGUCCCGCCACUUUCUUGACGACUCAUCUCAUCAAACUCGCCCUCAAAGGCGCCCAAGCUAGCACAGGACUCGUCGGAGCUCCAAUGAGUACUGCCAAGGCGCGAGUGAUCGUCCUGCUGACGAGUCAGAGGGAGGAGCAUUACGUUGCCAUCUUGCGUAAAAUGGUCAAUGUGCACUCAACCAGCAAGGAUAUUGCUGACAAGCUGCCCGCUGAUCAGGGUGUCAAUACAACCUCUGAAAAAAGCAAGGGGCGACUGACUUUCAUCGAUGGUAUGAGAAUGACAGCCUCGGACCCGUCCGACGCGCUACAGUCUCUUUAUGUCGCUCUCAGCUCUGCGAUCGACCCUUCUGCGAGCGAUGACCACACGGUGGUGAUGUUAGACGAUCUCACGAUGCUUCACUGGCUCGGAGUCGACAGCUACGCGCUCAUACGGUUCUACAGAGCUCUGAUAACUCUCACAACAGUGCGACGCACUGGCUUGGUCGUCAUCUUGCAUUCGGACAAUACGGCAAUCACAACAAGCAACGCAGUAGCCAGCGAUCGUUUUGCUCGCGAAGAAGACCAUUUGCUCCGCUCGCUCGUGUAUGCCUCGCACGUCUGGGUCAGAUUGCGUUCUCUGCGCACGCAAAGCACGGGCGAACUCAUCGUCCAGCGAUGCCCUGCUCUCAUGCAAUCUCAUCCCCAGAUCACCAGCGGAUCAAGAACACAUGCACUUCAGUACAAGAUAGAAGACAACGGACCUCGCUUCUUUGCCAAAGGUACCGCAAAUGGCUACCUAUAA